UCUUUUUUAAACCAUCCACGGAGGUAGGGCUUAAAAAGUUUAAAAGAGUCCAAAAAAACAAAUCGAAUUCGCGUAAAUAGUUGGGAGGUUCCAAAUUACCAUGAUGAGCGGCGACUGAUGAAUGGAGGUGGAAGCAACAGGUCCGCCCCGGCUGCAUGCGGCGCCGAGAACGACGCGCGAUUUGGCGGGUGGCUGGCUUGGCUUAGUCGCUGCGCAACCAAAGUCGCGCAUGCAUGCCCGGCCGGCCUCGGCCAUCCAUCCAUCCGUCCGUCCCACGACCGCGCCUUGUGUCUCCGGCCAUCUCAUCCCCAUGCAUUCUCCGCCACCACCAUCCAUGCAGCAUGCGUUUGGGUUUGGGAUUGGUAGAUAGAUUCAUUCAGUUGCCUGCUGAGACUGGCAGCUGGAUCGAUUCCAAUUAGGACGGGCUGACUGACGACGGCGAUGGCCGCAAGCACGGCGCGGUGGCAGCUGCUGGCCGGCCAGGUGAAACGGCAGGCGUCGGGGUUCCUGCAGGACAAGUACAAGCAGGCGAGGCUGGCGCUGGGCGACGUGACGCCGGCAGAGCUGCUGGCCCAGGAGGCCACCAACAACGAGCCUUGCGUCCCCGACGCCAAGACGCUGGCGUGCAUCGCAGACGCCGCCUUCGACAUGGACGACCUGUGGAGGAUCGCCAAGGUGCUGCACCAGAGGCUGAGCCGCGCCGCCGACUGGAAGGAGUGGCGCCCCGUGUACAAGGCGCUGGUGGUGCUGGAGUUCCUGCUGACCCACGGCCCCGAGGACCUGCCCCGCGAGUUCCUGGCGGACGUGCGCGCCAUGCACGACCUCCGCAGCUUCCACUACGUGGACGACAAGGGCUUCGACUGGGGCGCCUGCAUGCAGCGCCGGACCGACAGCGUCCUGUCGCUGCUCACGGACGCCGACCGCCUCAGGGAGGCGCGGCGCAGGGUCUCCCACGAGGUGCACGGCGGCGGCGGGGGCUUCGGCAGCCCGACGUCGUCGUCCUCCCCGUCCUCGGCGUCGUCCUCCGCCUCCUCCAGGACCUCGCGCACCUGGUCCUUCGGCGGCGGCUCCCACUACUCCGACAGCCCUACCAUGUGCCUCACCUGCGCCCCCGACGCCGACUACCGCCACGACAAAAAAUGCGACGCCUACACGGCCGACGACGACUGUUGGGCCGCCUCGUCGAAUUACAAGAGCGGCAGCAGGUGGGCAGCCACAGUGGACGAAGGCGACGGCGAGGACCAGCAGCAGCACCAGGGGCUCAUGGACGACGCCUGGGACGCCCACUCGGUGAAGGACAGCACCAGCGGCACAUGGUCCGCCAGGUUGCUCGGUUCCUUGUCCUUGAGCACCAGCAGGGCCUCAGGCUUCCAGAGUCUGUCGCAACCGGAGCAGCGAAGGACAACCAAGAAGCUGCAGGGGCAGCUACAGUGCCAGGUUUCCGCCGAUUAUUCACGGCCUUGAUCGCUCGGUCGAUGAAUACUGCAAUUCUCUUUUUCUCUAGAUUAACCAUUGAUUUGACCGGCCUAUUACUGUAAUUUCUAUCUUUUUUCCCCUCCUAGCACAAUUAAGUUUCAUCUCAUCUUCUAUUUUUAUACUUUAUGAUAAGCAUGGAUACAAAAAAGGGACAAGACUUGCUCGCAAAUGUCCAUAAAUUUGUGCUUUAGU